AAACAAACCUUCGUUGCUCUGUUCUUAUUUUCUUCAAUUCUAUAUUUUUCAACUGUUUUCAGUCGUACAGAGAAAAAACACAAAUACAGACCAUAUUGAUCUUCUUGGGUUUCAUAAGCUGCACCAUCACAGUUGCAUUACUAUCCACCCAAUUGGGUUUCUCUGUAAUUUAUUGUAGACUGAGUAUGCCCUAUUUAAUAUGGUAGAUUCUGCAGUAUGUAUUGCCAAGGGUAAUGUUGCAGCAAUUGGCUCACCUAAGUGUUGUAUCACCCACAAGAAUUUGCAAGUUGCCCAGGAUGUGAAUUUGCAGUGCCUCCACCAUUAUGUCAAAGAGAAAGGGAGACAACGGGUCUUUCUGCUGCAAUCCAUAAGAGCUUGCAAAGAACCUGCAUGGAGUUUUGCUGAUUAGAAUUGAAAACCUUGCCGUGGAUAUGCAUUCGAUGAUCCAAUUCAACCAACCGUCAGGGAACUAAUGUUACAGACCAUAAGUCAGCUCUGGAAAAAGUUAUGGGGCUGCUUCAGAUGCAGAAAGAACAAGCAGGCAGACUUUAUGGUGUGGGACAUAGGGUUGUCCAUGGAGGAGAGUACCUAACUCAUCCGAUGCUUGUUACUGAAGAAGUUAAGAAGACUAUUGAGAAAGCAUCCCCUUUGGCUCCCCUACACACUCCUCCAAAUCUUGAGGGCAUCCGAGUAGCAGAAGAGUUGUUCCAGUGUCCUCAAGUUGCUGUGUUUGAUACUGGCUUCCAUUCAACGAUCCCUCCUUAUGCAUACAUCUAUGCUAUUCCUUAUACUUUCUAUGAAAAGCUUGGCUUAAGACGUUAUGGAUUUCAUGGAACAAGCUACCAGUUCCUCCUAGAUCGAGCAGCAACAUAUCUGGGGCAGGAAAAAGAAAAUGUUAAUGCAAUUGCAUUUCAUCUCGGUGCUGGAGCUAGCAUAGCAGCAAUCAAGAAUGGGAAGUGCAUAGAUACAACCAUGGGUGUAACCCCAUUAGAAGGGCUUGUUAUGGCAACACGAUGUGGUGACAUUGAUCCUGCUAUUUGUCAGAUAUUGGCUUCUCAAAAAAAUUUGAAUGCCAAUCAAAUUGAUUAUGUAUUAAAUAAUGAAAGUGGAUUGCAUGGCAUUUGUGGUGACAAGGACAUGAGGAAUGUCUUGGAAGCAUCUGAUGCAGGUAGUCAGAGGCAUAAACUUGCAGUUGAAAUUUAUAUUCACAGAAUUCGGAAGUAUCUAGGAGCUUAUUUUUUUCAUCUUGAAGGAAAUGUCAAUGCUUUGAUAUUUAGUGGAGGAGUUGGUGAAGGUUCUGCCAAAAUUCGAGAAAUGAUUUGUGCUCAUCUCACUGCAUUUGGUAUUGAGAUAGAUGAUACUAAGAACUAUGAAAAUAAAACUCACACAAGGGAAAUCCAGAAGGUUGGAUCAAAGGUCAAAGUAUUAGUAAUCCCUACCGAUGAAGAACUUUGCAUUGCAGAGCAAACAAAAUGUGUGUUAGAGGAGCAAAAAAUUCUAGAAUGAGUCAAUUUUUCAAUAAAACAGUUGGUGUUGAUUUAAAAAACCUUAUCCAAAAAUACUCAAAUAUACAUAUAUUAUUUGCAUAAGAUUGGCAAGUUGAUUUUACUUGGAAAAACAUGUAAAAUAUAUAUUUCAGUCCUAUUUACUUCUUUGCACGAAAUUUCUUCACUCGAAAUGACAUGUUUUGAAUUUCAGAUAAUUGCCUUUUCAGGCACGAGGGUGCUUUUUGA